CUCGCUGCACAGUACUCCAGCCUCAGACUACCUCUCCUCCCCACAUCGUCCAACUCGCCGCGACCAUGUCCUCCUCCUCGCGCGACCUCGCCCACCAGGCCGACAAGGUCGCUCGCCCCGUCGCAGAAGUCGGCAUGGGCCAGCGCCCGUGGCUCCUGUCGCACCCGAUCCAUCCCGCAACUGUGCACUACCCGAUCGGCCUCCUGUCCAUCUCGUUCGCGCUCGACGCGCUCCAGGUCGCGCCCGCCUUCACCUCGGGCCUCAACUACCUCAAGGUGCUCCCGCCCGCGGCCGCCAUCAACGUCCUGUCGCACUACACUGGCGCAGCAGGCCUCCUCGCCGCCAUCCCGACCAUCGCCUCGGGCCUCGCAGAGCUGUACGCCAUGUGGACUGGGCAGGCCAAGGCCAAGGGCGGCGAGAAGUCGCUCAAGGACGCCAUCAACAAGAAGGACGUUUCGGGCGAGAAGCUCAAGGUGACGCUCCUCCACGCGACCCUCAACGACAUCGUUCUCGGCAUCGCGGCGUACAACUGGUGGGUGCGCCGACAGGACAAGGACCUCCUCUUGCCGUACACAAACGCGCUUCUCUCUGCUGCCGCUCUCCCUCUCUUCCUCUACUCCGCCUACUUGGGCGGGUCGCUCGUGUACAAGUACGGCGUCGGGGUCCAGAGGCAAGGAGCGGCGGCCGACGUCAAGGAGCGCCAGGAGAAGGAGCAGUGAGCGGGCGGGGCGAGGCGGCUCGAGCGCGCUCGAGGGAGCUCGAGAUGGGUUGGAGAGGACGAGCUUGUACAGGACUCUCACGCAAUGAAGUAUCUCUCUUCUCUCUUUC